AUGAGGGCUUUCGUCUUCAUCUUGGCUGCGCUCUGCGCUGUGGCCGUGACCAGCGAGCCACUAAAGAAACCACCCCCUGGCGAGCUUUUGGCGGGGCUCGAUCGGAAGGCAAGGUCUCCACCACCACCUGCAGUAGAGCCCAGAAGACCACAUAGACCACCACCGUCCCAUGGAUCAGGACCACAACCUGCAGUAGAGCCUCAGUCUCGUGGACCUCGGUCUCCACCUCCGCCACCACCUGCAGUAGAGCCCCAAGGACCACCACCACCAUCCCGUGGUCCCAGGUCUCCACCCCCACCACCACCAGCAGUUGAGCCCCAAGGACCACCACCACCAUCCCGUGGACCCAGGUCUCCUCCUCCACCACCUGCAGUAGAGCCCCAAGGACCACCACCACCACCAUCCCGUGGACCCAGGUCUCCUCCUCCACCACCUGCAGUAGAGCCCCAAGGACCACCACCACCAUCCCGUGGACCCAGGUCUCUUCCUCCACCACCACCAGCAGUUGAGCCCCAAGGACCACCACCACCACCAUCCCGCGGACCCAGGUCUCCUCCCCCACCACCUGCAGUAGAGCCCCAAGGACCACCACCACCAUCCCGCGGACCCAGGUCUCCUCCCCCACCACCUGCAGUAGAGCCCCAAGGACCACCACCACCACCAUCCCGUGGACCCAGGUCUCCUCCACCACCACCAGCAGUUGAGCCCCAAGGACCACCACCACCACCAUCCCGUGGACCCAGGUCUCCUCCUCCACCACCACCAGCAGUUGAUCCGCAAGGACCACCACCACCAUCCCGUGGACCCAGAGGUCUUAAGGGUCACAUUUACGGUGGUCCCGCGCAUCUUCUUUACCGACCAUCAGCGUUUUAAUUAUGUUGUUGGCCUAAUUAGUUGGUAUUUUUUCAUGUAAAUAAAAUGACCAACAUCGCA